AGUUCGUGGACAGUCUCUAGGAGUCAAGCGUUUCGUUUACUCGUAACAUAAAUGCACCUAUUAGAAGAGAGAUGGAAACAUCAAGGAAAGAAUAUUUCGCCAAACCUAGGACAUGGGACGUAGUUUAAAGUUAUCCAAACACAAAAUGUUGGGGACAGAAUGAGGGAUACAGAAAGAUGUUAUCAAUAGGUACCUAGGUACUCUUGCUUAUUAAUAGCAGCAUUGAAACAAGUGGGGGUUAAUUACCUAAGACUUCGUCAUUUCAGAUUAACGAGCUGGCGCUACUGGCGUUUGUUCAUAGUACGGACUUAGUACCCACAGGUACAUACCUUAAAGUAUGGAUCGACAACAAGGGGACGUGGAGCAAGGACAUCCAGUAUACCACCGGGUAGAUCCGCUGCAACAAUCACUGCAACAAUCACUGCAACAAUCGCACUUCCUAAUCAAUCAGAUCCGUAACUCAAUCCAGUCUCUCUGGUCUCGAACACCGAAUUCAUAUCCUUCCAUCCCCAACAUCCCGAGGACAUCACCCGAAAGGCUAGCUCUCGCCUCCGCCGAUUCCCCCGAUAACGAUGCGUCCACAACCGUCUUAUACCUGGCCUAUGGCUCGAACCUCUGCGCCCAAACUUUCAUCGGCAUGCGUGGUAUCCAUCCCAUAAGCCAGGUCAACGUAUCCGCGCCCGGCUUCGACCUUGCCUUCGACCUGCCGCAAUUCCCAUACUGGGAGCCGUGCUCCUCGAACGCCACGCCCCGCAAGAUCCCCAAACCACCCUUUCCAGGCGACCCGCCGAGUCCCCCAUUCCCACCACCACCUCCAGGGUGGAAACAACCCGAGAAGCAUGACCCCGAUACAACUGAAGCAGAAGUAGUGGGAGAAGAAGAAGAAGAAGAAGAAGAAGAAGAGGAAGACCCCAACGUAGCGCUGCCACUCCUCCCCUCGCUACCCCCCGACACCAAGCCCUCGUGGUCCAAGGGCCUCUACGGCGUCGUCUACGAGCUGACGCGCUCGGACUUCGCCAAGGUCAUCCGCACAGAGGCCGCCGCGUACCACGACAUCCUGGCCCCGUGCCUCGCCUUCCCGCCGCCCAUCCACGUCCCCGAGAAGCCGCCGGUCCCCGAGCUGCCGCGCCCGUUCGUCGCGCACAUGCUCUACGCGCCACGGCUGCCUUCGCUUCCCGAUGACGGUGAUGGUGAUGGUGAUGGUGGCGGCAACUGCGCCGACAAGCUCAAAAAACUCUGCCGCACCCUCCUCCUCCCCGUCCGCCGCCCCGACCCCGGCCGCGCGCAGCCGAGCCUGCGCUACCUCAACCUGCUCCGCGACGGCGCGCGCGAGCACUACCUCCCCGACGACUACCAGGCUUACCUGCGCCGCCUGCAGCCGUACACCAUAACCACGCGGCGGCAGAAGGUCGCGCGCCUGCUGUUCUGGAUCGUCGAGGUGCCGUUUUUCCUGCUGCUGGUGCUGGUUGGCUAUGUGCUGGCGGACAAAGGGGGCAGGGUGCCGAGGUGGGUCGGUGUCGUGGGGACGGUGGCGCUGAAUCUGGUGUGGAUGGCGCAUGAUACGGUUAAGCCGGUGUUGGGGGAUGGGGAGCAUACGAUGGAGGAUGAGGAUGAGGAUGGGGAUGGCACGGGGACUACGCGGGGGCGGGGAGGGGGUAACACGGCGAAUAUAAGAAACAACUCUGUUUGGGGGGGUGAGAAGAAUGCUUUGCUUUCAGAUUGGUAUCUACCUAGGUACGAUAAAUAAUUCCACUACCUAUUAUGCCUAUCCAUCUAUCAUGCGCUUUGUUUGAACCGUCCGUGUUCCCUUUCCCCUUCCCUAUC